CUCCCCCUCCCCUCUCUCUCCCCCUCGCCGCCGCGAGCUGCUCGCGAAAUCAACUAGCCCUAACCUUCCAGAGCCCUCUCCAUGGAAUCCUCCCCGUCCUCCUCCGGCCGGCCUCCCUCGCAUCCGCAGGGAGCCCGGGCACCCCUGCUCAUGCGCCGGAAUCCCACUCCCAGGGCCGACCUCUCCAUGGACGAUAACACGGUCAAGCUCCUCCGCGCGGCGUACGCAGGCGACGUCCCGAAAUUCAAGAAACUGGCAAAGCGGCUAGAGAAGGCGGGGAAGAGCAUGGCGGAUGUGGUGGUGGGGAUGGAGGCCCCGUGGGAUCGAGGUUAUGGGCCAUUGCACUAUGCAGCGGUGGCGUGGAAGGUGGAGAUGUGCAAGUUCCUGAUCAAGGAUCUUAAGUUCGACGUCGACACGACUGAGGCCCUAGGUGUGACACCUCUAAUGCUUGCAAUACAAUAUAGGGGCUUAGCCGUUGCAAGGCUUCUUCUUGUUCAUGGUGCUGAUCCAAACAAAGCAGCCAGUAAUGGGGUUACUCCUCUCCAUAUGGCAGCAUGUCUAGGUAAUGGAAAGAGUGUUCGGGCUUUUUGCAUCCUCUGA